CUGUAGAGGGGAAACACAUCAAGCAGUGCUUUGAAGAACAGCGCCACAUGACGAAGUGUCAAAUUUACUUAAUAACAGAUUCCUUUCGGUGGAGUGGAGGUAAAUUUUUGAAAAGGAUCUCUUUGCUUCAAUGUGUCUGACAGAGGAGUCUGGUGUUUUCCAUUGUCAAACACGUACCAGAUGACCAUCCUUGUGUCCACGCUGAUUCAGAGCAAAGCUAAGGUAGUUGCAGGUAAAGUGUCUGUGUAUGAUAAUGUUCCUGAGCUUCCCUCUGACUAUGGCUGAGGUCCCUGGCCCAUGCAGACACUCCAUCACUAGGGAACACCUGCUGACAGUUAGGCAACUGAUGGAUAACCAAUUAAGAAGUGGGUGUUCAAUAAACUACACAUUCAUAGAACGGAGGAGUUUGAGCAAAUGUUGCUUUGUAAAAGCUGCAUUACCCUGGAUCCUGGAGCUCCUUACGACCCACUUCAAAUACAUUCGGGGUUCAGUAAAUGAUGGCUAUGUUCAGUCCCUGAGGGCGCUCAUCCUCAACAUCUAUUCUCAGAAAUGUGUGCCUUGGAUUAAUGAAGAGAUUGAGGAUAAACCAGAGAGUUUUGAAGUGCUCUACAGAGGGUCUCCUUCAGAUGCAUUACAGAAGGUCUCAGAAGUCUUAACGGUUUACUGGGAGCUGGUGACGACGAGUGAUGCACCGGUUGACUGGAGGUGCCAGCAUGAAUACACAGAAACCUUUGGCUCUACCACAGAGUUAUACACAGAGUUAUACACAGAGUCAAUCACACAACAUUUUACAGACAGUUAUGAUAGAGACUCUGUGCAGGCCUCUCAGAGAGAACCAGUCAGUGACCUGUACAAGCUGGGUUUCAUCAUCGCAUCUAUCUGUGGAGGACUGCUGUUCAUUCUUACUCUCUACUGUCUCAUCGCACACAAGAAAACUCACAGCCCUUAUGGAUCAAGAUUACAAACAAACACAAGCACAGACCUGCCGGACAUAGAAAUUGAGGGACAGUAAUGCAGUCACUGCAGCAGCAGACAGAGCACUUGUGAACCUGAGUUUUUGUGUCAGUAUAUGUGUAAUGUAUCAUGCACACCUUUUGGAUAAAAAGCUUUGCUUUAUCUGAGACCAAAGAUGGAACUUCUUGUUAAUAAUGU